AUGUACCUGGAAAUCGAAACUCAACCAGAAGAGAUGAGGAUCAGCAGCAGAUCAAGCACCGAUGAACUUGCAACGGCUGGCACCCCAAUCAGCAAUGCCGAACUAGUUGUUAAAAUUCUCAACGGCCAAGGCCCUGAAUAUCGUGAGAUAAGUGCUGCAAUCCGUGCUAGGGACACACCAAUAUCAGAUCAUGAAGUAUUUCUUAAGCAUGAGGAACUCAAGAAGACCGGUCUUUCCGUCGCAGCAAAUGUAGCACAGAAAGGUUCAAACAACCACAACUUUAAUCGCAAAAACAAUCACAACCGUUGGAACAAUCAACAAUCACAAUCACUACGUACAAAUAAUUGUUCCCAACAACCCUACAAUGGUCACUUUUAUGGUGUAAAUCAGUUGUUUUCUUAUCCAUCCUUCUGGAGACAAAACUUCCAAAACGACCCCCAAGGACAGGUUCAAUGCAAGCUUUGUGGAAAACUUGGCCACACUGCCAAUGUAUGUCGCUCACGCUCUCAAAACCACAUUAAGGCCAAGCCACUUCUUGCUACGCGACAAGCCCAGCAAAAUAAUACUCCGUGGCUUCUUGACACUGGAGACUCUCAUCAUAUCACUGAUGACUCGCACAAUCUCAUCCCACCAUUGGACUACACUGGUACUGAGAAAAUCUGCACGGGCGAUUGUAACGCCGCAUCUGCGGGAAAUGGUCAAAGAGGCGACUUCAAGAUNGCAAAAGCAGGGAAAGGAUCGCAGAAUCGAUGGCUGCCUGGUUCAGAUAUUUCUCGCUGA